AUGCUGUACGCUGCUCAGGACCAGGCUCCGUCUAUCGAAGUCACAGAUGAAGACACGGUCAAAAGGUACUACGCCAAAUUUGAAGAGAUGUUUUUCCAAACAUGUGAGAAGGAGCUGGCCAAGAUCAACACCUUCUACUCCGAGAAGCUUGCCGAGGCCCAGCGCCGGUUCGCCACGCUGCAGAACGAGCUGCAGUCGUCGCUGGACGCUCAGAGAGAGAGCGCCGCCAUCGGCCUCAGACGCAGGAAGACGGUGUUCGCUCUGAGUCAGAAAGAACGCUGCAAACACCGCAACAUAAAAGACCUGCAGCUCGCCUUCUCCGAGUUCUACCUCAGCCUCAUCCUGCUGCAGAACUAUCAGAACCUGAACUUCACGGGCUUCAGGAAGAUCCUAAAGAAACAUGACAAGAUCCUGGAGACGUCCAGAGGAGCCGACUGGAGAGUGGCUCAUGUGGAGGUGGCUCCUUUCUACACCUGCAAGAAGAUCACACAGCUCAUCUCAGAGACCGAGGCUCUGGUGACCACGGAGCUGGAAGGAGGAGACCGACAGAAGGCCAUGAAGAGGCUGAGAGUACCUCCUCUGGGAGCAGCACAGCCUCCUCCUGCCUGGACCACGUUCAGAGUGGGGCUGUACUGCGGGGUGUUCCUGGUCCUCGUGGUCACCGUGGUCAUAGCAGGAGCCGUUCUGAUCCGCAACAACGACGUGUGGCCCAUGAUCCGCAUCUACAGAGGAGGCUUCCUGCUCAUCGAGUUCCUCUUCCUCUUAGGGCCGCUGCAGGAGGUGUCCUCACUCUGUCCUCACUCUGUCCUCACUCUGUCCUCACACUGUCCACACACUCUGUCCUCACACUCUGUCCUCACUCUGUCCUCACACUGUCCUCACUCUGUCCUCACACUGUCCUCACACUGUCCUCACACUGUCCUCACUCUGUCCACACACUCUGUCCUCACACUGUCCUCACACUGUCCUCACUCUGUCCUCACUCUAUCCACACACUCUGUCCUCACACUGUCCUCACUCUGUCCUUACUCUGUCCUCACACUCUGUCCUCACUCUGUCCUCACUCUGUCCUCACUCUGUCCUCACUCUGUCUCCACUCUGUCCUCACUCUGUCCUCACUCUGUCUCACACUGUCCUCACUCUGUCCUCACACUGUCCCACACUGUCCUCACACUCUGUCCCACACUCUGUCCUCACUCUGUCCUCACUCUGUCCUCACACUGUCCUCACUCUGUCCUCACACUGUCCUCACUCUGUCCUCACUCUGUCCUCACUCUGUCCUCACUCUGUCCUCACUCUGUCCUCACUCUGUCCUCACUCUGUCCUCACACUGUCCUCACUCUGUCCUCACACUGUCCACACACUCUGUCCUCACACUCUGUCCUCACACUGUCCUCACACUGUCCUCACACUGUCCUCACACUGUCCUCACUCUGUCCUCACUCUGUCCUCACUCUGUCCUCACUCUGUCCUCACUCUGUCCUCACACUGUCCACACACUCUGUCCUCACACUCUGUCCUCACACUCUGUCCUCACACUGUCCACACACUCUGUCCUCACUCUGUCCUCACACUGUCCACACACUCUGUCCUCACACUCUGUCCUCACACUCUGUCCUCACACUGUCCUCACUCUGUCCUCACACUCUGUCCUCACACUCUGUCCUCACACUCUGUCCUCACUCUGUCCUCACUCUGUCCUCACACUGUCCUCACUCUGUCCUCACUCUGUCCUCACUCUGUCCUCACACUGUCCUCACUCUGUCCUCACUCUGUCCUCACACUGUCCUCACUCUGUCCUCACACUGUCCUCACACUCUGUCCUCACACUCUGUCCUCACACUGUCCUCACACUGUCCUCACUCUGUCCUCACACUGUCCUCACACUCUGUCCUCACACUCUGUCCUCACACUGUCCUCACUCUGUCCUCACUCUGUCCACACUCUGUCCUCACACUCUGUCCUCACACUGUCCUCACUCUGUCCUCACACUGUCCUCACACUGUCCUUACACUCUGUCCUCACUCUGUCCUCACACUCUGUCCUCACUCUGUCCUCACACUCUGUCCUCACUCUGUCCUCACACUAUCCUCACUCUGUCCUCACACUGUCUCCACUCUGUCCUCACUCUGUCCUCACUCUGUCCUCACUCUGUCCACACUCUGUCCUCACUCUGUCCUCACUCUGUCCUCACACUGUCCUCACACUGUCCUCACACUGUCCUCACACUCUGUCCUCACUCUGUCCUCACACUCUGUCCUCACUCUGUCCUCACACUCUGUCCUCACUCUGUCCUCACACUGUCCUCACACUGUCCUCACACUGUCCUCACUCUGUCCACACUCUGUCCUCACUCUGUCCUCACUCUGUCCUCACACUGUCCACACUCUGUCCUCACACUCUGUCCUCACUCUGUCCUCACACUCUGUCCUCACUCUGUCCUCACACUGUCCUCACACUCUGUCCUCACUCUGUCCUCACACUCUGUCCUCACACUGUCCUCACAUUCUGUCCUCACACUCUGUCCUCACACUGUCCUCACAUUCUGUCCUCACUCUGUCCUCACUCUGUCCACACUCUGUCCUCACACUGUCCUCACACUCUGUCCUCACAUUCUGUCCUCACUCUGUCCUCACUCUGUCCUCACACUGUCCUCACACUCUGUCCUCACACUGUCCUCACUCUGUCCUCACUCUGUCCUCACUCUGUCCUCACUCUGUCCUCACUCUGUCCUCACUCUGUCCUCACUCUGUCCUCACUCUGUCCUCACUCUGUCCUCACUCUGUCCUCACACUGUCCUCACUCUGUCCUCACACUGUAACCACCGUGCCGCCUCCUCACUCUGUCCUCACUCUGUCCUCACACUGUCCUCACUCUGUCCUCACUCUGUCCUCACUCUGUCCUCACACUGUCCUCUGUCCUCACUCUGUCCUCACUCUGUCCUCACACUCUGUCCUCACACUGUCCUCACACUCUGUCCUCACACUCUGUCCUCACACUGUCCUCACACACUGUCCUCACACUCUGUCCUCACACUGUCCUCACUCUGUCCUCACUCUGUCCUCACUCUGUCCUCACACUGUCCUCACUCUGUCCUCACUCUGUCCACACUCUGUCCUCACACUGUCCUCACACUCUGUCCUCACUCUGUCCUCACACUCUGUCCUCACUCUGUCCUCACACUCUGUCCUCACAUUCUGUCCUCACACUGUCCUCACACUGUCCUCACUCUGUCCUCACUCUGUCCUCACACUGUCCUCACUCUGUCCUCACUCUGUCCUCACUCUGUCCUCACACUCUGUCCUCACACUGUCCUCACUCUGUCCUCACACUGUCCUCACUCUGUCCUCACACUCUGUCCUCACACUCUGUCCUCACACUCUGUCCUCACUCUGUCCUCACACUGUCCUCACUCUGUCCUCACUCUGUCCUCACUCUGUCCUCACUCUGUCCUCACUCUGUCCUCACUCUGUCCUCACACUGUCCUCACACUCUGUCCUCACACUGUCCUCACACUGUCCUCACACUGUCCUCACACUCUGUCCUCACACUCUGUCCUCACACUCUGUCCUCACUCUGUCCUCACACUGUCCUCACUCUGUCCACACUCUGUCCACACUCUGUCCUCACACUCUGUCCUCACACUGUCCUCACUCUGUCCUCACACUGUCCUCACACUGUCCUCACACUGUCCUCACACUGUCCUCACACUGUCCUCACACUGUCCUCACUCUGUCCUCACUCUGUCCUCACACUGUCCUCACUCUGUCCUCACACUGUCCUCACUCUGUCCUCACUCUGUCCUCACACUGUCCUCACACUCUGUCCUCACACUGUCCUCACACUGUCCUCACUCUGUCCUCACACUGUCCUCACACUCUGUCCUCACACUGUCCUCACUCUGUCCUCACUCUGUCCACACUCUGUCCUCACACUCUGUCCUCACACUGUCCUCACUCUGUCCUCACACUGUCCUCACACUGUCCUUACACUCUGUCCUCACUCUGUCCUCACACUCUGUCCUCACUCUGUCCUCACACUAUCCUCACUCUGUCCUCACACUGUCUCCACUCUGUCCUCACUCUGUCCUCACCUGUCCUCACACUGUCCUCACCUGUCCUCACUCUGUCCUCACUCUGUCCACACUCUGUCCCACACUCUCUGUCCCCACUCUGUCCUCACUCUGUCCUCACACUCUGUCCUCACUCUGUCCUCACACUGUCCUCACACUGUCCUCACUCUGUCCUCACUCUGUCCCACUCUGUCCUCACUCUGUCCUCACUCUGUCCUCACACUGUCCACACUCUGUCCUCACACUCUGUCCUCACACUCUGUCCUCACUCUGUCCUCACACUCUGUCCUCACUCUGUCCUCACUCUGUCCUCACUCUGUCCUCACACUCUGUCCUCACUCUGUCCUCACUCUGUCCUCACUCUGUCCACACUCUGUCCUCACACUCUGUCCCACACACUGUCCUCACACUGUCCUCACACUGUCCUCACACUGUCCUCACACUCUGUCCUCACACUGUCCUCACUCUGUCCUCACUCUGUCCUCACUCUGUCCUCACACUGUCCUCACUCUGUCCUCACUCUGUCCUCACACUCUGUCCUCACUCUGUCCUCACACUGUCCUCACUCUGUCCUCACACUCUGUCCUCACACCUGUCCUAGUCCUCACUCUGUCCUCACACUGUCCUCACCUGUCCUCACACUCCACCGUGCCGCCUCCUCACUCUGUCCUCACUCUGUCCUCACACUGUCCUCACUCUGUCCUCACUCUGUCCUCACUCUGUCCUCACUCUGUCCUCACUCUGUCCUCACACUGUCCUCACACUGUCCUCACUCUGUCCUCACACUGUCCUCACACUGUCCUCACUCUGUCCUCACUCUGUCCUCACUCUGUAUUAAUACCUAUGGAUGGCGUCAGGCCGGAGUGAACCACGUUCUGAUCUUUGAGCUGAAUCCAAGGAACAAUCUUUCUCACCAGCAUCUGUUCGAGAUUGCGGGUCUGCUGGGCGUCCUGUGGUGUGUGUCUCUGUUGUCGUGUCUGUUCUGUGACAGUCUGCUGGUGCCGAUGCAGUUCAAUCCUCUGGCGCUCUACGGCUUCUUCCUCCUCUUCCUCAUCAACCCCUUUAAGACCUGCUACUACAAGUCACGCUUCUGGCUGCUCAAGCUCCUGUUCCGUGUGGUGACCGCCCCCUUCCACCAUGUGGGCUUUGCUGACUUCUGGUUGGCCGACCAGCUGAACUCUCUGGGGGUAGUGCUCAUGGACCUGGAAUACAUGAUCUGUUUCUACAGCUUUGAACUGGACUGGAAGAAGCAGCAAGGCCUCCUCAGCGGAGCAGACGGGGAUAAGUGCAACACAUACUCGUACGGCGUGCGGGCUGUGAUCCAGAUCCUUCCGGCCUGGUUCCGCUUCGUGCAGUGUUUGAGGCGUUACCGUGACACCAAGAGAGCCUUCCCUCACCUCGUCAACGCCGGGAAAUACUCCACCUCCUUCUUCGUGGUCACCUUCGCCGCCCUCUACAGCACGCACAAAGACAGGAAGCAGGAGGAGGCGCAGGUCUUCUUCUACCUCUACAUCACGUGUCAUGUGGUCAGCUCUCUGUACACACUGAUCUGGGACCUGAAGAUGGACUGGGGCCUUUUCGACCGCAACGCAGGAGAGAACACUUUCCUGAGAGAGGAGAUCGUCUACCCACACAAGGCGUAUUACUACAGUGCCAUCGUGGAGGACGUGCUGCUGCGGUUCUCCUGGACUCUGACUCUGACUCUGAGCACCUUCACCUCCAUCCCCGCCAUCAAAGACAUCCUGACCACAGUCCUGGCCCCUAUGGAGGUCUUCAGGCGUUUUGUGUGGAACUUCUUCCGUCUGGAGAACGAGCAUCUGAACAACUGUGGAGAGUUCAGGGCGGUGCGUGACAUCAGCGUGGCGCCUCUGAACGCCGACGACCAGACGCUGCUGGAGCAGAUGAUGGACCAGGAGGACGGAGUGAGGAACCGCCAGGGCAAGAAGAGCUGGAAGAGGAGCUACAGCAUGAGCCUGCGCCGGCCCCGCCUGGCCUCCCAGUCUAAGACUCGUGACACCAAAGUCCUGAUUGACGACACAGACGAUGACUCCUGA